AUGGCUGGGAGAGGCGGAACAAGGAAGUUCUCAGGAUGUGAAAAGGCUAGGCUUGUUUGCGCAAGACCAGGCGACGCAAAACGUGGACCUGCGCGAACAACCACUGAGAAUCUUCAGCAGGCUAGGAUCGUCAUCAUGGCCAAAGUACCAAGAGUGACGGCGGUCAACACUAAAGGUUGCAUCGCGCUCAUCAAAACAAGCUGUACCCCGCGAGUCCCCGCAAAGCACUACCGAGAUUUAGCCCGACCGAGCUCACCCGAGGAAUCCGCCCUCCGCCAGACCCCAGAUUAG